UGGAGUAUAUGGCAGCUUGCCUGCGACAGAGGGGAAUUGCCAGUCUUCCCCAUUAUUCCAUCACUUCGGACAAACCACUGGGGAUUGUGGCCUGUCCUUAUCUUUAGUGUCGUUGGGUAUCCUUAUCAGAGCAUUAAAGCAGAUUAAAGUUCGCUAUCUCCCUUGAUGAUUUUGAUCGACACUCCACUAAAUCCCAUUAUAUCGAAUAUAAUGCCGGAAUACGUAAAUCUGAUUUCUUAUUAUAUUCUGACAUGCCCAGGCUGGGCUAUUAUGCCAUGGUAGGUCCAGUAUGGACGAAAGGUGUGCAGUAUGAUUGGCGGAGAGCUGCCGAGCUGAUUAGAAUAUCAGAGUUGGGCCGAGGAUCUGCGGCCGCUUUUAAUCAUUAACACUUUCCCCCCAACUUCUCUCUCUGCAUCUCCACUUGCAUAAUAUCAUGGCCGACAAUCUCUCGCAAACCUUAUCAGCCCGCUGCUUCGUCCCAAACAGCCAGACUCGCGCCGGAAGGGCUCUGCAUCCACCCAGCAGCCUUCUUCCCGAUGCAGGCAAGAAGCGCGGUCGGCCAAAAAUGGCACCCGACGCCGACACAUCGCGCAUGGACCGUCGCGCGCAGAUCCGAUAUGCCCAGCGCACGUACCGGCACAAGAAAGAUGUCAUGUACCGGAACAUGGAGACCCGCCUCGCAGAGCUCGAGAGGACCAUGGGCCGUCUAUCGGACUCCAUCGCAGACUUCCAUGACAUGGCUGUCGAGUCGGAUCUACAUGUCACUCAUCCGCAUCUCUUCGACCAUCUGAGUGUCACUCUGUCCUAUGCGAAGCGGAUGACAACUGGCGUACAGAAUGAAUCGUCCAAGGAUCUAGAUCGUCCCUCCACCAUUCCUACCAAAACGAAUUCCACAAACCCAUCUUCGUUUGGAUAUAUAGUGAACCGCAGUGACGACACAGAAUGCGACAUAAAUCUAAAUGACAUCCAGAAUCUCACUGCCGAACCUAAUCUCCCACAGACGACCCAAGUUUAUUGGUCGCUCCCUGGCAGUUCAAGCCACACCUACAGCUUCCAAGAAAGUGAUCCAUCCAGAAUGCUCCAGCGGUACUGUCUCGAGUACAUAUACCGCCUGUUCAGCGACCCGCGCUCCGAUCCGGGGGAAUUCUACCGCGUCUUUCGACUCGUUCCCUGCGUCAAGUACAAGGAGAAGAUGGGCCGCUACCUAUUCUGCCUUGUGCGUUCGGACUCGGAUCAACCGCUUGAGUUUCCUGCUCUACCGUUUUAUUGCAUUGGCGGUGCUGGAACGCAUUAUCCAGAGGUUAAGGAUGGGAAGGCUGUCUAUCCCGAGCACAUGCGUCUCCCGAGACGUGUGCUGGCGACGGUGGCUAGCCUGUGUUCUGACGAGGAUAUAUCAUCAGUUGAUCGACAGAAGCUGUUGAUGCUCGCUGGGUUAGAUGGGACUUGGCUUGAUUCUCGCGAUGUGAUCGGGUAUCUUAAAGAGAAAGGCGUUCUUGACCGGGAUGACCAAAAGUCCACGCCGGAGGGUGCGGAGCAGGUAUCGUGGACACUGGACAUCGAAGGAUUCUUUCAAGCUAUCCUGGCCAACAUGGUCGUUCUCGGAAGGUCGCCCGGUUUCAGAUUCAUCGACGUCGAGGCUGCGUUUACGGCUAACUUGCGAUAUGACUCGAAGUGAUCCAUGAAUUAUCCACUCGUC